AAAAAACCUCUGAUCCCAAAAAGCCAACAGUUUUCUUCAUUUCCAUCAAUCUCUCUCUCUCUCUCUCUCCUUCUAUUCUCCCCUUUUGUCAAGAACCUUCUUGGACUUAUCUGCGAUAUUCAACCACAAACAAUGGUGCAGGUGCUCCCAAGACGUAGCUGUAGAUUCUUCAAGUUCAGAAAUACCAAUAAUUCCUCUCAAAUCCCCCACUUUUAGUGGCUCAGAUCCACUUCAUUCAUCUCUAUCUGCAAAUCACAACUCAUAAAGAAUCUUCAAUUCAGAUUUUAUUGCUUCAAUUAAUCUCUUUCAAUUCUGCUCCACUCCUUGCUUCUAUAGAUACCCUGCACACACAUAUAUAUACACACACAGACACGCACAACGUUGUUGAACUCAGAUGAAUCCUUCUGGUCCAGUCUACGACGAGUUUUCGCGUGGAGUUAUAGGGAUGUGUUGGAUCAUGCUCAGGAUCGAUUACUCCAGGCUCUUCUGGCUCUUGUUUGGUGUUUUUUCAUACGAGAAUCACGAGGGAAAACCUCGGAUUUUUUAGCACCCUCUUAGCUUCCCUCUCUCAUAAUAUUAGCAGCUUUCAACCACCUUAAGAAAACUAGGAAAUUAAAAACAUACAUCUAUAUAGUACAAUAUAAUAAGCAAGCUUUUUGAGGAAUUAAGGUUUAUAUAUAUACACACACUUUGAUAGUGUUGUGUGUGUUUGAUCACCAUGCACAAAACCGGCCGUCUAAAUGAUAUCCUCGGCGGCGGAGCCAAGUUGGAAUAUGUGGAGAUGGAUCCAUCGGAACGCUAUGGACGUUUCAGGGACAUCCUGGGUAAAGGAGCAAUAAAGACAGUUUACAGAGCGUUUGAUGAAGUCCUAGGAAUGGAGGUUGCCUGGAACCAGAUCAAGCUGAACAAUGUUUUCCGGUCGCCGGAAGAGCUGCAGAGGCUAUACUCCGAAGUCCUCCUCCUCAAGGAUCUUGAUCACACCUCCAUAAUGCGAUUCCAUGCAUCCUGGAUCGACACCGAUCGCCGGACGUUCAACUUCAUCACCGAGAUGUUCACUUCCGGCACGCUCAGAGAGUACAGGCAGAGGUACACGACAGUGAACAUUCGAGCAAUCAAAAACUGGGUGCGCCAAAUCCUUGAAGGUCUUGCGUAUUUGCACAGCCAUGAUCCCCCUGUUAUCCACCGCGAUCUCAAGUGUGAUAACAUCUUUGUAAAUGGGCAUCUUGCCCAAGUCAAGAUUGGUGAUUUGGGCUUAGCAGCCAUGCUCCGUGGAUCCCAUGCCCAUAGUGUAAUAGGUACACCUGAAUUCAUGGCACCGGAGUUGUACGAGGAGGAGUACGAUGAGCUGGUUGACAUAUACUCCUUUGGCAUGUGUGUAUUGGAGAUGCUCACUUCUGAAUAUCCAUACAGCGAGUGCACCAAUCCUGCUCAAAUAUACAAGAAAGUCACAUCUGGAAAGCUCCCUGCUGCAUUUUAUCGGAUUGACAAUGCCGAGGCUCAAAGAUUCGUGGGAAGAUGCUUGGAGCCUGCUUCCAAACGCCCAUCUGCUCACGACUUGCUGAUGGAUCCAUUUCUUGCUGCUGAUGAUGAUCAAGAACAUGAAUCUGCGAAACUCCCAUCCCAGAAAUUGAUUCCCAAUGGAAAAUUGCUUGAAGUUGAACCAUGUUUUGUUGACCAAGCUAAAAGCUCAGAUAUGACCAUCACUGGCACAUUGAAUCCUGAAGAUGAUACCAUCUUCCUCAGAGUACAAAUCUCUGAUAAGGAUGGGAAAGCUAGGAACAUAUUUUUCCCAUUUGACAUCAGCAGUGACACUGCAUUGGAGGUGGCCACGGAAAUGGUGAAGGAAUUGGAGAUAACAGAUUGGAUGCCUCUGGAUAUUGCAGAGAUGAUUGAUGAGGAGAUUUCUGCAUUAGUCCCAACCUGGACAUCAACUCAAUAUCAGAAACAGCAUAGCUUCAACUACAUUGAUGAUGAUGACGAAGACGAUGACGACGACAACGUAGGAAUUAGCACUACUCGCCACCCCUUUUAUUCCCUCUCCUCGCAGUCUUCUUCCCAGGCCUCUCUCCCAGACCUCCUUGAAAAAAUAAACCAUGAUUGGCUUCAAAAUGAUGAUACGAGUUCGCGAAGCUCAAUGAACUCGCACGACUGCUCUAACAUGUGUUGGGCUACUGAAAGCGAUGGUGAUUUGAGCGCCAAGGGGGGUAGGGAAUCUUUGUUGAUUCAAAAGACAAACACGGGUACGAGGUUGUGCCCAGAAACAAGCAGCAGGAGCAAUAAUAAGAAGGGUUGUUGUGGGUCGAAUCAUCAGCGGCCGAAGAUGACUAGAGUUCGGUCGCUGGUGGAUCUUCGUAGCCAACUGUUGCACCGGACACUGGUAGAGGAGGUAAAUAAACGGCGGCUGUUCAAGACGGUUGGGGCCGUCGAAAACAUUGGGUACCAUGAACCGGUUGAAUCCCGCAAGGGGAAUGGCUCAUUUCAACCGUUUGGAUGGUGAAGUUCUUUGUCACUUAGUGAAAAAUCUUUAAGUUCAGUGACAUAUUUAACUCUUCAUAAGAGAUUUCGGGUUCAAAUCUUCUUCACCGCAUCAUAGCAAGUGAGUAAGUCCCUAGCAGCCUUACAAAAUGGUCAGGGUGAAAUAUUUUCCUCACCGUGUAGCUUCAAAAUAAUGCAGACUCUAUAGUCUUCUUAUGUACAUUACAGGAUUUGUACCAAAAACAUGUACAAUAAUGCAGAAUGUUGUGCCUUGUGAUAUAUAAUGAAUAUGCUUGAUUAUAUUAUAACAUGUA